GUGGAGCAGCAGCAGCUCCUGUCGGAUCAUCCAGGCCUGCAUGCGCACUCAACCACAGACACACACACACACACAGACACACACACACACACACACACACACACACAGACACACACACCAGCAGCAGCACAGCAGCAGCAGCAGCAGCGGGGAUCUGAUCCACACGUCCGCGUCGCGAUGCCGCUGAAGAACGGCAACAGCGUGGCCCUGGAGAGACGCAUGGACCUGGCGUCGCUCUUCUGCAUGAUCAGCCGCCACGGACCCGCCGUGGCUCUGGCGGUGAUCGCGAUGGUGUCGGUGCUGGCGGCGUUCAUCAUCUACCGGAGCGUGCGGGGGAAGACGCGGAGGAAGGCCACGGCCGCGGCCGGGGACGGGGACGGGGACAGCCCCGGAGCGCAGGGGGACGCGUCGGGGGCGAGUUGGCCGGAGCAGGAGCUGAGUCCCGGGGAUCCACGCAGCUCCUCCGUGGAGGCAACAGAUGUGAGUGAUGAGGUUUCGUCAGAGAUGAAGGACGAUGCUGAUCCAUUUCAUCGUGAUCUGAAACUCAGGCAUCGUCGAGCUCCUGCCGCUGAAAACAAACCUCCCUCUUAUUCUCCUGCUGAGAAUGACGUCCAGAUACCGGAGGACGAGAACACGACAGUGGCAGUGACGGUGGUCCAGGACUCUCAUGGAGAAGCAGAGACGUACACAGAGGAGGCCUCUCACAACCUGAGAUGUGAUACGACCACGGUGGCUGAAACGGAGGUAGAGAGUGCAACGGAUGACGGAGUAAGAGAAGAAGAAGUCCUCGAGGAGGUCCGUGGUAACGAAGGCUGCUGGAAGGAGCCUGCGUUGAUUCGUGAUGAGCGACACGAGGAGGUUGAGAAGGAGUUUGAAGCCGAGGAUCAGGACGAUGGGAGUGUGGCCACAGACGAUAUCGAAGAUGAUUCUUGCUGUUGUAUCUGUCGGGGCAAAGACGAGUUGGAAGAAGAGAAUCACCAUCAAGAUAGUAGUGACAACAGCAAUCAUUCCAGUUAUCACCUCUCUCCAGAGGAAGAAAAGGAAAACGAGGGUGAGGAGGCUGAAGAAGAGUUUGUAGAGCAACAGCUCGUUCCUCAACAAGACGAAAUCUGUCCCUCGACAUGUGAACAGGUGACGCCACAGGUUCUGGAGAGCGAUCUGGAUAAUGAUGGUCAACCUGGUGAAGGGACUGAAGAAGAUACACGGGAAGACCACGUUCUCGAAGCUGAUGAAUUUGACACCCGACCACCACAGUCUGACAAGGAACAACAGAUUGAUCAGACAAACGGUCUCACGGACAAUCAAGAGGAUGCAGCUCUCCCCACUGAGGCUGAUGAAGCGGAGGAGGAAACCACAACUAGCGAUGACACUGUCGUCUGCGGUGAAGAACAUGACGGUUCAAGUGUGGUCCUCGGCUCUUCUCUACAUCCUUUGGACGAGCCAGUGCAGGUUGAUGAUCACGAUGAUGAAGAUCUGUCCGGUGCCAACACUGAUCCCGAAACUCGAAUCUCAGGCGUUGUGGAUUCCUUGGAAUCGUCGUCGGAUUGUCAACAACCACAAAGUGAAGAGAAUAAAGAUGAAAUCUCCAAACGUCUGGAUAAAGACACAGAUUUGACUGAUCCUGGCUCUGACGCACCUUCGCUCCAGAAGGAACUUCACCACAAAAUCAAUCAAACAUCUGCAGAUGACACGUUGGCUGAAGAAAGCGUUGACCUUCAUUUGCCGUCUCAGGACAAGGACCAACAAACUGGCCGAUUGUUUAAUAGUGAAGCUGUUGAAGAUACGAGCGUCACCGCUGCUCCUGACACAGUCACAUGUGAACCUGAGAACAUUUUACUGGCUGAAACAAUCUCUCAUCCUCACGUGUUGUCUUGUGACGAACACUUUACGCAAACGAAAGGUAACGAAGCCUUUGACGAAUGUAGCGACGCUGCCGAUCCCGACUCUACUGAAGCUAUAGCUGCUUCUGUAAAAGGUGAAGAAAUGUCUUGUCCUCACUUCUCAUCCGUCUGCCAACACCAGACAAGUGACCACAUGGAAGUGAAUGAAACUUUGGUCGAGGCGACUGAUGCAGCUGUUUGCGAUAAUGAUACGAUUACCACAUCUGUGAUGUCUGAAGAAAUAUCUCCCCCUGACACGUUGGCUUUACCCCAAGACCAAGAAAGUGACCAAAUGCAAACUAAAGGCACGAGUCAGGACCUUGACCGUCUCAUGUGGAAACCUCCCUUACCGUCUUUCGAGCGAAGUGAGCUGAGGGAUCAGGACGAGGGCAGCAGGUCGUCUCCUGGUGUUGAAGCAGAGAGCGGGAUUUCCAGCAUGGCUGUCAGUCCUGAUUUGCAAGAUGCUGGUCAUGACUUUGGCGAGACCGUAGAAGAUAUGGUAGUUCCACAACUGGAUUGUGAUCCACAGUCAGAAGAAGGGACAGAGGCUAAAAACAACCUCUACGCCGAUGAUGCUGCUGUUGCUGCCAUUAAGGACGAUACAGUCGGUAUGGUGUUUGGGCCUUACCCAUCACGUCUCUCCCAGCAACCCCACAGCGAGGCCAAGUUCGACUUGUUUGCAGACAACGAGGACACGUUUGGCCACGAGAUCGAGGACAGUUACCACAGAGCACUGGAGCAGCUUAUGUUGCAGAUCCCAGCAAAUGUAAUGAGCACAACCGAUGAGCAGAGGAAUCAGACAGAUGAGAAGGCGGUUGUUGAGGUUGUAAAGAUUCACAAGAAGAAGGAGGACGUGAGAACUGCAAAGAAAAUGGAAACAGAGACGGAGAAAGAAGACGACUAUGAAAAGACUGAAAUCAGUAUCAUGGAGGCGACUAUGGACAAUAACGAAUGGAUCACGGACAGUAACCAAGUCCUUCCCUGGAUGAACAUUACUGUCCCGUCUUUUUCCCAAGACCACAAAAACACCGACCAGCCUCCCACUGACGAUCUCCGGCCCAGCUCCUCUCUCACCGAUGUCUCAUGUGUUGAUACAGAACUCGCACCGUCCACUGAAGACAGACAAACCCGCGCUCUCUCCGCUGUGGACGAAAAUACUGAAAACAACAAAAAGGUCGUGGCCGUCCAUCCGAUGCCCCAGUAUGUUAAUGUGACGUUCAGCAUCCACUAUCUCACCCGCUUGCCGUACCAGACGGUGGCCAUCACUGGGAACCAGCAGGAGCUGGGGAACUGGAAGGACUUCGUCCCGCUGGAGAGGGCCAAGGACGGGCACUGGGCCACGGUGGUCAGCCUCCCCGCAGAGAGCCAUGUGGAGUGGAAGUUCGUGCUGGUGGAGAAGGGUGAAGUGUGUCGCUGGGAGGAGAGUGGGAACCGGCUCCUUGAUACUGGCUCUGGAGACGAGCUGACUGUGCACAAGUGGUGGGGAUUAUUAUAGGAUGAGUCUCAGAGGAAAGGGCUGCGGAGCUGAGAGGGAGUUUGACAUGAAACAAACUGGAAACUGGACCAGAUGAAGUUUAAAUUUAUCUUCAAAUCCCAUCACAAGAGCCCAAUGGUGAUAUGUUGGAUUAAAAAUACUCCUUUGAAUCAAAUAUGACAUGAUAAUGAUGAUAUAUAUCUAACAAAAGAUGUCUACAGGUCUUUGUUGAAGCUAAAUUUGGUUGUUACAACAAAAUAUUAACAACAAUUUUGAUAAUAAUACAAAAAUGUAUUGUUUCCAACCCCUAAAAUGUGAAUUUCUUUUGCUUUCUUUCUGAUUUAAUAUGAUUAAUUGAGUAAAACAACUAAUCCAAGGAAAACUUGACUAAAUACAACAAUACGUUUUCCAAAAUAGUCAAAACCUAUUGAAAACCUACACUAGUCCAUUUAAACAUGUGUGUGUCUGAUUAACAAAUAGUUCUAGACAUAAAAAUUAUUUCAUAUAUUUUUCAGAGAACUGUCCUUAAAAAACGCCUUCUUCAUUUCUGUGGCAAUAUUUUUGGAUGAAGCACCUCUUUAAAAGUGUGCGAUUUAAUGCAAGUGUCAAUUUUUUAUAAAUAAUAUAUAUAUAAUAUAUAAAUUAUACCAUCCAUAUGCUGCUUGAAUACCCUCCAACAAUCUACGAUAGGAAAUGCACAUUGUUCACUUUUACUAUAGCAAUAAUCAAAGCAAUAAUUGUUCUGUAUACUGUUUGGCUGGCGUUAUUAUCAGGUAUUCAUGAGUUAACCACUAAACUGUGAUAUGGUUUCAAUGCUGCUUUUUAUCUUGUGUGCAUGCAAGAUUCUCAUAGUUCUAUUAAUGUGCCUUUUAAACAGGAGUUGUUUCUGUUUCUGUGUCGCGAUGCAUCGGAAAUUGUGUUUUCAAACUUUGAUUGAAUGAAUUACUUUCGUGUAUAUUAUUUCUCAAACGUAUGCAGUCAGUUUUUUUUUCCAUGUUACUAAUCAAUGUAUCUCAGAUCAUAUCAGAAGUAUCUUAAUAUGCAAUGUUCUGAAGAUAAUAAUAUUCUUGAAUGUUAGUAAGAUGGAGUUUGUUACCAAAUAAAUAAAUAAAGAGUC